AUGUUGGAUGCAUCUGAGAGAAAGGGCUAUAUAUCUAGUGUUCCAUUUGCAAGAGGAUCUUUGAUGGUUAACCAUCUCUUCUUUGCAAAUGAUAACUUGCUCUUCUGCAAAGCGAAUGCUCUUGAGUGGAGUAGAUUGUCUAGAAUUCUCAAGGCAUAUGAGGAAGCUUCUAGUCAAAGACUUAACCUUGAUAAAUCAGCAAUUUUUUUCAGCAAGAACAUACCAGCUGAGGCAAAACAUGUUAUUCUUUCGACUUCUAAGAUGAUGGAAGCUAAAGUUUUUGAGAAGUACCUUGGUCUGCCCUCAUAUGUAGGAAGGAACAAGUUAGCCUCUUUCAGUCCUAUUCUGGAUCCUAUAGGAAACCAUAUGCAGAAUUGGAAAGUUAAAUUCAUUUCCAAUGUUGGAAAAGAAGUGCUCUUAAAAUCGAUAGUGCAAGCUAUUCCUACUUACUACAUGAGUAUUUUCAAGCUACCUAAAACAAUUCUCAAUGCUAUUAACAAGCUUAUGCAACAGUUUUGGUGGGGCAGUCAAGGAAAUAGAAUUAAGACUCAAUGGCUCCCAUGGAAAUUACUGGGAAGGAGUAAGGCAGAAGGUGGGUUAGGUUACAGAGAUUUUGAACAUUUCAACCUAGCAUUACUGGCCAAGCAGGGCUAG